GAAACGAGGCCUCGAAAGGGCAGUACUGCCGGCGCCACACAGAAUCACAAGACCGCCACCCACUCGACCGCCUCCUGGCUAUCCAUUAGUCUGGACGCUGCGCUCGGCUGCCGAACAAACGUAUUCCAAGUGCACAGAAGUAGCACCGGUAGUGCCAAAAAGAGCGCCGCGUGUUCUGUCAACGUCAACACCAUCACCAUUCAUCCUCAGGCAUCACCACUGGUCUGUCGCCACGUUCUCGACACACUCAUAGCACUGGCCAAGUCCUUCCCCAACCACUUCCUGCCCGACGCUCAU